CCCCACCGACAGCAAAGUGCUUCUUUCCCAUUUGGCGCUUCGCGCUAGCCUGCACAGCGCGAUAAGCAGCAAUGGAUGCCGGGCUAGCAGUGCCCGUAACGUUUGAGCAGUGUUUUGGCGCUGGCAACAUUCUGCGUCCGCCGGUGCCGCUCCAUCAUGUGCACCCGGGUGACGCUGGCGACGAGGUCCUUUUCUUGAGAAGCGGCCGACAACUCCGACGGGAGCAGAUUAGCCGGCUCGCGGAAGAAAAUUGCCGGAUUGAGCACUCCUGCGGCGCGGACACGCCCGCGGCCAUCAUCGCACACGGCGUUCGGCACUCGGUGGUUCGCGCCAACAUGAACAUCAGUGGUUUCACCAGCAUAAGCCAGGAGCUCGCCGAGCACUUGGGGCUGGCUUAUCAGGUGCUGGGCGGCGGCGGCAAGGAGCCGCUGCGGGGCCGGCCCGAGCCUAUCUCGGCGCUCGUGGACCCCAUCCAAAUCCAACUCCUCAACACGGACGGCGGGCCGCUGGCCACCUUCACCGCCUACCUGGUGUUCGUGACGACCGACUCACACGUAGACCUGCAGAUCGCCGGCGACGUAGUCGGCGGCAGGAGCUGCAUCGGCGAUGGCCAGUGGUCUAUCGGCCUGCCUGGCAGCGGCGCGCUGGUGCCGCUGCCGCGCCUGCUGCCGCGCCGCUGGCGCGCCGGCGAGCCGCGGACCAUGCCCACCACCACCACCUUCUCCGUGGCUCCUGACACGUACGCGGAAGCGCUGGCGCGGGUGGCGGCGCGCGCGGGCGAUCGGGCGCGGCUGGCGGCGGCGGCGGCGGCGGACACGGCGGCGGCGGUGUGAGUGUGUGACGCGCUUCUACGUGACUCGGGACCUGGACCGCCUACGUACCACCUGAUGCGGAGGCCCUGCAUCAUCAGGAGGCGGCUGGGGCCGCGUUUCCGGUGCUGGGUGCGGGCUCAGAGGACCCGGUGGCGGCGGGUUUGCCACCGCUGCCGCCGGCGCUGCGCUCUGCUCACUGGGCAGAGGUGGCGGCGACGGACCUGCCUGCAGGCGACACCGAGUGCGUGGUGUGCGCCUGGUCGCUGACGGGGGCGGCGGACGGGCGGAGGCGGCUAGAGCAGCAGCAGCAGGUGGGGGUGGGGGUGCGGGGGAGGCGGGGCCAGGGCCGGGCGAUGUGGUGGUGCAGCUGGGCUGCAGGCACACGUUCCACGAGCUGUGUGUGAGGCAGAUGAUGAUGCAGCGCCAGUGCCGGAGCUGCCCGCUGUGCCCGCUGUGCCGGGCCGCCGUGUCCGGCUGAAAGGCGGACUGUGUGAGUGGGGCGGUAUCGGCCCUACAGAGCUGACUGGUGGGGUUGUAGAUACCAGCCCAAACUACCAAACCAGACAAAAGUGCAAAAGAGCGAGGAGAAGAACGCGGGGGGCGGGGGGAGGCCGGGGGGGGGGUGACCUGUAGCAGUGUGGCCCCGCGGCCAAACCUGCGGAGUCCGAGGGCCCGAGGGGGGUUAUGAUUGUUGGUUGCUGUUGUCUUGAGGUGGGUUCGGGAAAGCUGAGUGUGCUGUGGGCAGGCGCGUGGGAAUCCGUGGAUGGCAGGAUGGGUGUGACUGCAUGAGGAUUGAGGGGACACGCCGGAGGUCGGAGGCUGGUGUCCCAGGGUGAAAGCCCAAGCGCGUUCGAGCACCGGUACUCUAGACUCUAGAGUCCGGAGCGGCGUGGUGUGAGUUGUGGACGUUGUCCAGGUUGAGGAGUCCGGAGUUGAGAGUCCCGAGCAGCGAGUUGUGAUUUGUGAGCGUGCAAUGUGACGGUGGUAAGGCAGGUUGGUAAAGUCCCGUAGGGUGCAGCUGAUUUGUGAUUUGUGAAGGCUGUCGCGGCUGUGGCAACGCGGUGGGAGGGGGCCUGGGUGUGAGAGUGUGCGUGUGCGGGUGUGCGUGCCCGGAUGCGAGUGUGCGGGUUAGGGCCGGGUAGACGACUCAGCGGCGGCGUGUUGAUGUGCGAUGGGACAGUGGUAAGGCAGGUUGGUAAAGUCCCAGCGGCUGCGUGUUGAUGUGUCAUGUGUGCUACCGUGUGAGCCGAUGGCUGACUGACGGCUGCGUUUUGCCCAACCCAACACCCUAGCUAGCGGGGCCUGUGACAGCGGACCCAG